CCCUGGCGGCCAUAGCCGUAUACAAUCAAGAGUCCAAUCUUAGAAACACCUUUUAGGCUUAGGCUGGUCAGCAGGAAGGAGAGUCUGACGUCGGACGCAGGUGGCCAUUGGGAAAUAGGAAUUCGGUAGCACGCACCCGCUUCACAAGAAACUGGUCUGAAAAGUGAGGUAAAAGCCACAGAGAUCCCUUUUUUGGAGGAAUGACUCGAGAUGAAGAUGAGGAUGAUGAGGAAGAAGAAGAAGAAGGAUCCACAUGGGGCUAUGGGAGCCCCAGGUUUGGGGAGCCCCAGCCCCCAGAAGAAUUUGGCUUCAGCUUCAGCCCAGGAGGAGGGAUGCGUUUCCAUCGUAAUUUCGGCUUUGAUGACCUAGUACGGGAUUUCAAUAGCAUCUUCAGUGAGAUGGAGGCCUGGACCUUGCCUUCUCGCCCUCCUGAACUUCUAGGUCCUGAGUCAGAGACAGCUGGUGAGAGACAGCGGAAGGGAGAGACACUUCGGGACUCAAUGCUUAAGUAUCCAGAUAGCCACCAGCCCAGGAUCUUUGGGGGGGUCUUGGAGAGUGAUGCAGGGACUGAAUCCUCAAAACCAGUACCAGACUGGGGCUCCCAGAGACCUUUUCAUAGGCAGUUUGAUGAUGUGUGGCCUGUGACCCCCCAUCCUAGAGCCCGAGAGGACAAUGAUCUGGAUUCCCAAGUUUCCCAGGAGGGCCUUGGCCCGGUUCUACAGCCCCGGCCUAGAUCCUAUUUCAAGAGCGUCUCUGUGACCAAGAUCACUAAGCCAGAUGGGACAGUGGAGGAGCACCGGACUGUGGUGGACAGUGAGGGCCGGACAGAGACCACAGUAAUACGGCAAGAAGCAGAUGGCAGUCCUAGAGAUGAUCAAGAAUCACCAAGAUCUUCAGCCCUGGAUGAUACCUCUUCCAUCCUGGAUUUAUUCCUAGGACGAUGGUUCCGGUUCCGGUAGACUUGUUAACCCUCAGAGGCCUUCAGGUCCUUUCUGUCUCCCACCUGUAACCCACCACCAAUGGGCUUAGUUUCUCUUGCCACACCAGGGGCUUGGGUGUAGGGAGCAGAGAAUUGGGGGUAUGUCAGUAUGUCACUCACCUAAACUGACCAAUAAAACCUUUAUUUAUGCUAAUUCCUCAGUCUUGGUUUUGUCAAGGCUGUGUCACUUUCUAGCACUAUGCAGGACUUCCCAAAUUACCUUGGACCACAACCUUAGCCUUAUUUCUUAAUUUUUUGUGCCACUUGCAGAACCUGAUUUGUUAGGUAAGAGUCAGAUGUCAGUAAAAAGUGAUUUUCCUUACUGAGGAGAUAACUAGAAAUAAUUCCUAGAAAUUUUCCAGAAGGGGAUGAUACAUCAGAUUCCAAAGAAGGAAGAGGGGAGUGUGGAAGUGGGGGAUAACUGUUGCCCUAAGUGUGGUAUCACUGUGACUGGAUAGUUCAUAAGAUAAUUAGAGGAAAUAUAUGGGCAAAUAUUUCUUGAUUUACUGGCUAAGUUUUUGUUUUAAUGUGUGUUAGAGAAAAUAUAACUAGCAUAAUAUCCA